ACUUUUGUCUGAGUCUGACUACUGACUGAAUUAUUUUGAAGUAUUAUUAAGUAAAUACUUCUUGCCCUUGGUUACAAUUUAGAUAACCUAACAUUAAAUCAAAUUUCUUUAGAUAUCUAUAAAAAUGAAGCACAAAAUAUUAGAACUUUAUAGUGGUAUUGGAGGAAUGCACUGUGCUUGGAAGGAUUCAGGUUUACAUGGAGAUAUAAUAGCUGCAAUAGAUAUUAACACAGUUGCAAAUGAGGUGUAUCGUAAAAACUUUCCUGAUACAUUUCAAAUAACUAAAAAUAUUCAGUCAUUAACAGCAUCUGAGAUCAACAAGCUUGAAGUUGACACAAUUCUCAUGUCUCCACCAUGUCAACCAUUUACAAGAAAUGGCAAAUAUUUGGAUGAUAGUGAUCCAAGAACAAAUUCUUUCCUUUAUAUAAUUAGCAUUUUAAAAAAUUUAGUAAACAUUGAAAAUAUUUUAAUGGAAAAUGUUAAAGGCUUUGAAUGUUCGAAAGUUAGAAAUUUAUUUAUAGAUAAAUUAAAAGAAUGCAACUUUGACUAUCAAGAGUUCCUUUUAUGUCCCAGUCAAAUUGGAGUGCCAAAUUCAAGACUACGAUACUACUGUUUAGCAAGAAAAACAUCAUCCAAGUGGCAGUACAAAAGGAAAGAAGAAAUUAUAUCUGAGCCUCCAUUUGAAUCUACACCACUAUUUCCUCUACGGGAUAUCAUAGAAGAAACUGUGCUUGAGGCAUAUUACUUGAAUGACAAAGUAUUAAAAUGGGGAAAAGUUUUGGAUAUAUGUUAUAAAGAUUCAAGAAGGUCUUGUUGUUUUACCAAGGCAUAUUCCCAUUAUGUGGAUGGAACUGGUUCAGUUUUUACUGAAAAGAGCCCAGAAUUUGUUAAACAAUGUUAUUCUGAAGCAAAUAAGUUUGACAUAGGAAGUGAUGAAUAUAUAGCAAAACUCAAGGAGCUAAAAUUAAGAUACUUCACCCCUAAAGAGGUUUUGGCAAUCAUGAUGUUUCCUAAAGACUACAUCAUACCUGAUGUCACAACUAUGAAACAAAGUUACAGGUUAAUAGGAAAUAGUGUUAAUGUUAAAGUAAUAACUGAACUAUUAAAAGUUUUAUUUAUGUAGCUAUAUGAUUACAAAGCUGAUUAUUGA